UGCUUCACAAGCGUUCAAUGGGAUGCUUUUACUUGUUUGUUUUAGUAUUGUUUUCAUGGAGUUCCUUUUUCCUUACUACAAAUGGAUUACAAAGUUAUCAAACUCAACUUUUGCUGCAAAUAAGGAAGCAUUUAGAAUACCCUCCAGAGCUCCAAAUUCUGGAAAAUUACAAUGGGGACCUCUGUAACUUGUCUGAAACGUCACAUGUGAUGAUAUCUUGCCAGGAUAAUUUCGUCACUGAGCUUAAUAUUAGGGGAAAAAAGGUUUCCAAUAUCAGUGGCUUCAAUGGACAUGCAAUUCCUGGUAAAACACUGUCCGAGACUUUUUCUAUUGAUUCCUUGGUUACCACAUUGACAAGGUUAACCAGUUUGAGGGUUCUUAGCUUAGUGUCACUUGGAAUUUGGGGUUCACUUCCUGAUAAGAUUCAUAGGCUAUAUUCACUUGAACUUUUGGAUUUAAGCUCCAAUUUUAUGUUUGGCUCAAUCCCCCCUCAAAUAUCUAGAAUGAUUAAGCUUCAAACUCUAACAUUGGAUGGCAACUACUUCAAUGGUACUAUUCCUGAUACACUUGAUUCCUUAUCAAAUCUUACUGUUCUGAGUUUGAGGAGCAAUAGGUUGAAGGGUCAGUUUCCGUCUUUGAUAUGCCGAAUUUCAAGCCUAACAGAUAUUGCUUUAUGCCACAAUAAGCUUUCGGGUAAGUUGCCUGAUUUAAGUUGCUUGACUCGCCUGCGCGUGCUGGAUAUAAGAGAGAAUCAGUUUGAUUCAGAACUGCCUGUCAUGCCCCAAGGAUUGGUUACAGCUCUAAUUGCUAAGAACUUAUUCUCCGGAGACAUUCCGGCUCAGUUUGGCAUAUUGAGUCAUCUUCAGCACCUUGACUUAUCUUCCAAUCAUCUGAGUGGAACUCCCCCCUUUGCCUUGUUCGAUUUGCCAAGCAUCAGUUACUUGAAUUUGGCAUCAAAUGGGCUGACUGGUUCAUUUCCGGAGCGCCUAACUUGCAGUAGCAAACUCGGAUUCGUCGAUAUUUCUGGUAACAAGUUGGUUGGUGGUCUUCCUUCUUGCUUAGACAAUAAAUCAGACAAGAGAGUAGUGAAAUAUGGUGGGAAUUGCUUGUCAACUGAUGGCCAACAGCAGCAUCAAGGUUCCUAUUGCAAUGAAGCAAGCACAAAAAGAAGCGGAAGAAAGAUAGCAUUAUUAGUUGUUGUAGUAUCUGCUCUGCUUCUGAUGAUUUUGGCAUUCGGGAUUAUUAUUCUGUUUCGAAGAUGCCGACCAAGGCGAACAUUUGAAACUAAUAUACGGCAAAAGGUCGUUCAAGAGAACCCAACGACCGGAGUUUCACCCGAAGUUCUUGCAAAUGCCAGAUUCAUUUCUGAAGUUGUGAAACUAGGGGCAAAAGGUGCUCCAGUAUGUCGACUGUUUACCAUGGAAGAGUUGGAGGAAGCCACAAAUAACUUCGGUUCAUCAAUGUUUAUGGGUGAAGGCUCUACUGGAAAGCUCUAUAAAGGAAGAUUGGAGAAUGGAACCUAUGUCGCCAUCCGAUCAUUGAGUUCACUGAAGAAACAUUCAAUUCAAAAUCUUAAAGUUAAGCUUGAUUUCUUGUCAAAGAUUCACCAUCCAAAUUUAGUAGGACUUUUAGGUCACUGCAUCGAUGGUGGUGUACAAGACGAUUCCAGAGCAAACAAAGCCUUCCUUGUAUACGAGUAUGUGCCGAACGGGAACUAUCAUAUGCAUUUGUCAGAGACUUGUCCAGAGAAGGUUCUUAAGUGGUCAGAUAGGUUAGCAAUUCUAAUCGAUGUAGCCAAGGCCGUGCAUUUUCUACAUACCGGGGUUAUUCCCGGAGUUCGUAAUAACCGUUUGAAGACGAACAAUUUAUUGUUGGACGAGCAUCGAAUUGCAAAGCUGAGUGACUAUGGGAUGUCAAUCAUCAUGGAAGAGAAUGACAAACUAGAGGCGAAGGGAGACGGCUUAAAGUCUAGCCAAAGGCAAAAUUUAGAGGAUGAUGUUUACAACUUCGGAUUUAUAUUACUCGAGUCGCUUGUCGGACCUAUAGUGAGUGGAAAAGAAGAAACAUUUCUUUUGAAUGAAAUGGCAUCUUUCGGCAGUCAGGACGGCCGAAAGAGAAUUGUGGAUCCAACAGUGCUGACCACUUGCUCACAGGAGUCGUUAUCCAUUGUGGUGUCAAUUACCGGAAAAUGCAUAUGUCCCGAACCAUCGUCUCGGCCAUCUUUUGCGGAUGUCCUCUGGAACUUGCAGUAUGCCGCUCAAGUUCAGGCGGCAGCCGAUGCUGAUCAGAAAUCCGAUUCGAUAUUGUAGUCAAUGUAUAUGGUAGGUGCACACCUGAUGCUUGUUUCGAAACAAAACCUGCUGACACCUGCCCGGAUAAAGCUCUUGGAAGGUGCUUUCGUGUCGAAAAUGAGUUAGGCCUGGAUUUAGCUGCAAUUCCUAAGAAAUGUAAAGUAGAAAAUUUCGAAAUAGACCUUAUACAUAGAAAAUUUUGGUAAAAUAUAUAUGUCUUGGACACAUUUUUAUUAGAAGAAAGUUGCUGUAUGGUCAUAAGCAACAAGGAAAUGACACCAAAUACUGGUUUUCAAUAAUCAAUGGUAACACCUCUCAAAAAUCUGUUCUGUUUUCUU